AGUUGCUGUUUUGCAACAACCGCCGAGGCGUCACUCUAAAACACAUUCUACCUUCUUCUUUGACUAUAUGGUUCCUUGUGUUGUGAAACAUGACACACGUCGAGCUUGUACGCGUAGGAAAGAACUUAUUAAAAAGCGCUGACACAGGAGAGAAUGUAGAGCUCCAGUCUCUGUGGCAGGACCAGCCUGUGGUGGUGUUCUUCCUGCGCAGGUUUGGCUGCCAGGUGUGUCGCUGGAUGGCGGCCGAGGUCAGCAAACUGGAGCCAGACCUGAGAGCCGGUGGUGUGGCUCUGGUGGCCGUCGGGCCCGAGGAGUUUGGCCUCCAGGAGUUCAAGAAUUCGGGGUUUUUUAAAGGACCAAUUUAUGUUGAUGAGCAGAAGAAAUGCUAUAAGGAGUUGGGCUUCAAAAGGUACACAGCAUUGAGCGUGGUUCCUGCUGCACUGGGGAAGAAAGUACGAGACGCAUCAGCAAAGGCCAGUGCUGGAGGCAUCCAGGGAAACUUCUCAGGUGAUCUACUCCAGAGUGGAGGAAUGAUCAUCGUAGCCAAAGGUGGUGAAAAGAUCCUGUUGCACUUCAUUCAAGACUCCCCAGGAGACUACGUACCUUUGGAGGACAUUUCUCGAGCUUUGGCAAUUUCAUGCCAAGUCAAAGAGGGUCAGAGGCCUGUGUGCAAUGACGAUGUUUGCACACGGUGAGGACGUCGCCUGUCAAGCUGGGUUGUAACGUACACAAAUGAUUCUAAUAUUUCCUUGAUCACGAUGUGUAUGUGGAUCGUUUUAAAUGAACAUUCCGUUGUCUUUUCCACUAUUGUGUAUUGAGAGUGACUCAGAUUGUAUGGAAUUACUUAUAUAAAAAUCCUUUAAAUCAAA